AUGGAUAUUUCUGUUAACUCUGAUUAUGGCGGAUUGCCUACUGAAAAUACCAUUGAAAUACCAUUGAGAGGAGGUGACGAAAUAAUUGAACUUGACACAGACCAGUUGCCCGAUGGUGAAGAAGUGCUCAACAUAUUAAAUCAAGAAAAAGCUCCCUUGCAAAUUUGGAUCACUGUUGCUAUUGCUUAUUAUAAAAAGAAAUUAUACGAUGAUUUUGAAAAAGUUCUUGAGGAAGCAUAUCUAAAUGCAGCUGAUCUUCAACCAUAUCAUGAUAGCGACUUGGUUCGAUUGCUAGAUAUGCUUGCUAAUUAUUAUGGUCGUAAAGCUUACAAAGAAAAAAGCAAGGAUAAAAAGAACCAAUUAAUUGCUCAAGCAACUAGACUUUUUACGUCAGCUGAUCGAAUUGAUAUGUACGAUCAAAAGCAUCUAUUGGGUCGAGCGUUCUUCUUUAUCUACGAAGGUGAAAAUUGGAGUCAAGCUGAUAGUCAAUUAAAUUUUGUUUUAAAUCAAGGUGCUCCGAGUGUACCAGCUUAUCUAGGCAAAGCAUGUAUUGCAUUUAAUAAAAAAGAAUAUAGAAAUGCUUUGGGAUUUUAUCGUAAAGCAUUACGAUUACAGCCAAAUUGUCCAGCUACUGUUCGACUUGGAAUGGGUCAUUGUUUUUUUCGAUUGGGCAAUAUGGAAAAGGCCCGUUUAGCGUUUAAACGAGCUUUGGAUUUAGAUCCAGAAUGUGUUGGUGCAUUAGUUGGAUUAGCUGUGUUGGAUCUUAAUGAAAAGACUCAAGAGUCAAUUAAACAAGGAGUUCAGAAAUUAUCACGCGCUUAUAAUCUUGACUCAACUAAUCCUAUGGUGUUAAAUCAUCUAGCUGAUCAUUUCUUUUAUAAAAAGGAAUAUGCUAAAGUUCAUCGAUUAGCUUUACAUGCAUUCUAUAAUACUGAAACGGAAUCUAUACGUGCUGAAAGUUGUUAUCAAAUGGCUAGAGCAUUUCAUAUACAAGAAAAUUAUGAUAAUGCAUUUCAGUAUUAUUAUUUAGCCACACAACUUGCUUCUCCAACAUUUAUUUUACCAUUUUAUGGUCUUGGUCAAAUGUAUUUACAUCGUAAUGAUUUAGAACAUGCUGCUAUGUCAUUCGAACGUGUACUAAAAGAUAAUCCAAAUAAUUAUGAAACUUUAAAAAUACUAGGUAGUUUGUAUGCUCAAUCUAACAAGCCAGAUAAACGUACACAGUCAAAACAAUUAUUUAAACAAGUAACUGAAAGUCAACCGGAAGAUGUCGAAGCAUGGAUUGAAUAUGCUCAGUUAUUAGAUAACGAUAUUAAUGGAGCUUUAGAUGCUUAUUCUAAAGCAUUAACAAUUUUAGAGAAUAUUCAGCUGGAAAUUGCACCAGAAAUUUUAAACAAUAUUGGUGCACUUCAUUUUAUAAAAGGAGAAUAUGAUAAAUCUUCUGAAUUUUUCACACGGUCAUAUGACCGUAUUCUUGAAGAGCAAAGAAAUGAAGAGAAUGAAUGUGGUGGAGAUAGUUCUGGAUUAACUAACGAUGAUUACUAUCAUGGAUUGAGUAUUACAGUUCGUUACAAUCAAGCAAGACUUCAUGAAGCUCAAGGUAGAUCAGAUUUAGCUGAAGAAAUUUAUAAGAGUAUUCUACUACGACAUCCAAGUUAUAUUGAGUGUUACCUUCGUUUGGGUUGUAUUGCACGUGAUCGAGGACAGAUUCGUGAUGCUUCAAUUUGGUUCAAAGAAGCUUUAGAUGUAGAUCAAGAUAAUCCAGACGCUUGGACACUGAUUGGAUUAUUACACUUAAAUAAAAAUGAAGUUGAACAAGCCCAGAAGAAAUUUGAUCGGAUUAUUAGACAGCCAGCGUAUAGAGCAGAUGCAUUUGCACGUAUAUGUUUAGGGAAUAUUUGGUUAACUACUCUACAUCAUCCUAUCAAAGAUAAAGAUAAACGUAAAAGGCAUCAGGAUCGUGCAUUAUCUUUCUAUAAAGCUGUUCUAUGCGCUGAUCCUAGAAAUAUAUGGGCUGCACAUGGUAUUGGUUGUGUAUUAGCACAUAAAGGAUUUGUUAAUGAAGCUAGAGAUGUAUUUGCACAAGUUCGUGAGGCAACGGCUGAUUUCCCAGAUGUUUGGAUUAAUAUAGCACAUAUUUAUGUUGAACAAAAACAAUACACUGCUGCAAUUCAAAUGUAUGAAAAUUGUAUUAAGAAAUUCUCUCGACAGAAUAAUACAGAAUUGUUACAAUAUUUGGCUAGAGCACAUUUUAAAGCUGGUCAAUUGAAAGAGUGUAAAACUAUGCUAUUAAAGGCUCGUCAUGUUAAACCAUGGGAUCCUGUAUUAACAUUCAAUUUGGCUUUUGUUCAAAAAAGAUUAGCUGUUACUGUGCUACAAGAUGAGACAAGUAGUUUUUCAUCUGUUUGUGAAGCAAUAGCUGAUUUAAAUAUGGCCAGAUGUACAUUUAAUCAUUUGUCAAAGUUAAAUGAAGUGUUAAAUCAAGCUAUGGCGGCUGAUGAAGCACGUAUCUGUCAAGAUCUAUUAAGUCAAGCUAAAUAUCAUCUUGAUAGAGCUAAAUCACGUGAAGAACAAGAACGAGUUGUUCGAAAACGUCAAGAGGAAGAACGUGAAGCACAACGUAAGCGUCAAUUGGAAUUACAACAACAAGCUGAACAAAUGCGACUUGAUCGUGAACGACGUUUAGAAGAAGAACGUGGACGUUUCUUGGAGAAAGCUAAACAAAUUAUAAUUGAACCAGUUGUAGAGGAGAAAAAAUCACGUCGUAGUGGUGGCGGUAGUCGAAAACGUGAUGAUUUUAUUGCAUCUGGUGAUGAGGAAAGCAGUGACGGUUCUAAUGAGGCGGAAGCCGGUGAUCGUUCAGAAAAUGUGGAUAGUGUUGGUCAACAGAAACAAAAAAAGAUUGGAAAUAAACGUCAAAGUUCCGAGUCAAAGGAAGGAAAUCUUUUGCGUAAAAAGUCGAGAUUCUCUACUUCACGUGAUGAUGGAUUAUCAGCUAAACAAAGAAUGAGAAUAGUUAGUAAAGCUAUUGUUUCUGAUUCAAGUGAUAGUUCAAGUAGCGGUGAAGAAGAUGAACAUUAAAACAUUUACAAAUAAAUAUGUAGGUAUGAUUACUAACAUCUUAGUGAUUUUUUUCUUCACAAAAUGGAAUGAUAUCUAGUUGAUAAGUUAAACAACAUUAAAAC